GCCCCCUAGUAUAGUAAGCCCUACGUACACUUCGGACACGGAGGCCCUCGGAAUCCUUGAUCGGACGUAUACUACACCACCCAUGCAGAUUGUGGUCGUUUAGUAAUAUGACGAAGUUCAACAGAUCACACAGAUGACGCAUCAGCCACUAAGUGUCUGUCUUAUGGCACCGAAGCCCGAGCCUACUGAAACGCAGUCGUCAACGUCAUCACUAAAGGGGGAAAAUAUUUGUGCCACUUAUCCUUCGGAGAAGAAUCCACCGAAUCCCAAUACGUUUUGUACAGCCGAACAGACGUACAAGACUGAGCAACCUGUUUCUUUGGAUCCAUUGUACGAACAUUACGAUUUGGCGGUUGAACAAUUGUUGGUGCCUUUUGAAAUUGAGGAUGAAGUUCAACAGAUCACACAGAUGACGCAUCAGCCACUAAGUGUCUGUCUUAUGGCACCGAAGCCCGAGCCUACUGAAACGCAAUCGUCAACGUCAUCACUAAAGGGGGAAAAUAUUUGUGCCACGUAUCCUUCGGAGAAGAAUCCAUCGGAUUCCAAUACGUCUUGUACAGCCGAACAGACAUACAAGACAGAGCAACCUGUUUCUGUGGAUUCAUUGUACGAACAUUACGAUUUGGCGUUUGAACAAUUGUUGGUGCCUGCUGUUCCUGAUCCAGAACAGCGGGCUCAUACAUGUGAAUACUGUUGGAAAUCUUUUUCCCAUCGAUUUAAUCUACAGACGCACAUAGCCACUGUCCAUUUGAAACAGCGGGCCUACACCUGUGAAUACUGUGAGAAAUCGUUUUCCCAUAAAUUUAAUCUACAGACACACGUUAAAACAGUCCAUUUGAAACAGCGGGCCCAUACAUGUGAAUACUGUUGGAAAUCUUUUUCCCAUCGAUUUAAUCUACAGACGCACAUAGCCACUGUCCAUUUGAAACAGCGGGCCUACACCUGUGAAUACUGUGAGAAAUCGUUUUCCCAUAAAUUUAAUCUACAGACACACGUUAAAACAGUCCAUUUGAAACAGCGAGCCCACACCUGUGAAUGCUGUGAGAAAUCAUUUUCUCAUAAAUUUAAUCUGCAGACGCACAUAGCCGCUGUCCAUCUGAAGCAACGCCCCUAUCUAUGUGAACACUGUGAGAAACCGUUUGCUCAUAACAGCAACUUACUGAGACAUCUCAACUCUGUUUGUUCAGAACAGCGAGCGAGCGUAUGUGAAUACCGUGGAACGCUGUUUUCUGAAAUGGACGAUCUCCGAGCCUACGUGAACUUUCUUCACUUUAGCACAGCUUCUAUCCAUGACGAUGGUGGAAGAACAUAUGCUUCGAGUUGUGGAAUCGAAAGUCACUGCCCAGUUUGUUGA